GCUUGUUCUUUUUUGUAGUGGGAGCACAGACUACCUACCCUCUAAGGACUUGUGACUAUCAGAAAAGACAGGAGUUUAGAGACAGCCAACACGCCGUGUGCACAAUUUGUGACAUCAAGUGGGAACAAAGUCUUACCAGCCACACAGCAAGUGGAUUUGUGGUGAAUUGAACAAUGGCUGACAUUGAUGAAGUACAGGGCAACAGCCCCCCAACAGGAGAAGAGAAAGAUGUGGCCAACGUCAGCCCAUCUCCAGACGGGCUACCGGUUCCAACAGAAUGUUCCAAAGCUGAGGGUAGCGAGGAGCCUGGCCCAGCUGAGGAUGGAGAGGAUUCUGGGCAGAGGGAUGAGGACAGAAAGGAACCUGGGAAAAGGGAGGAGGAUAGAGAGGAGCAGGAGCAGAGGGGUGAGGAUAGUGGACUAAAGGGGGAAGAUGUGAGUGUGGAAGAGGACAGGUUGAGCCCAGGUGGGGAAGGAGCGCAAGGUGGACUGGCUGACGGGCCAGCAGACCCCGACACAGCUGGCCGACCACCAUCUGAAGUCCUAGAGCAGCUAGCAUGCUCUCCAGUCUAUGCAGCAACUUCCAGGGCAGUGACCCCGCAGAAGAGGGUGUCACUCAGUGUCAAAACAUAUCCUUUGACUCUGGAGUGGGCCUACGGAAUAAACCGGGCCCUCCCCGUCUUUAGCCUGCUGGACACGGAGCGGCUGGAGAUUCUUUACGGCUGUGCCAACGUGGCAGUGAUGUACGACUAUUCCGCCCACUCUCAGCACAUCCUCCAGGGUCACUGCAACCCCAUUUCCUGUUUGUGUGUGAGCGAGGACAGACGUUGGCUGGUGACUGCAGACAAGGGUCCAGACAGCUUGGUGAUCAUAUGGGAUGCAUACUCUGGGAUUCCUGUGCAAACGCUGUUUGACUGCCACCCUGAGGGGGGUGUUUCAGCUGUGGCGUUAUCAAGUGACUCAAAGCUGUUGGUGACCGUCGGAGCUGGAGAAAUUCAGAGAGUCUGUAUCUGGGAGUGGACCAGUGAAACAGAGGCUCCAGUCUGUGUUACGGAGCUAAAUCCAGAAUAUGGUUGCCAGAAUUACAUAAUAUUUGAUCCAAAUGACAGUACCCAGCUCCUCAGCAACAGCGAGAGUCAAGUUUUAUUUUACCACAUGGACAAGGCAAAUCUGGAAUGUUUGGCACCAGAACUGUCAGAUAAUACCUUCAAGAAGGUGGUGGGGGCCCUCAGCCAGUCCAUCUUCCACUCUGGAGGCAUUCAGGCUUUUACGGCCACCAUGGGAGGGAACAUGGUGGUGUGGGAUGUGGAGGAGGGCUCCACUACUAAGGUCCCCAUCUCCAGAACAGCUAUCAAGCUCAUCUCGCUGCAAAGACACGGCAUCACUGUGUUGACACGGACCGACAGUUAUCUUGUGACAGGCAACACCAGGGGCCAUGUGAACUUCUAUGAUGAGAACUUAAAGCUGAUCAGCUGGUACAGCAAGUUCAACUUGGACCAGAUCACAUCCAUCUCCUUCUCCAAAGAGUCACCACCAGACAGCGCAGUGGGAUAUUUAGAGGACUGUACUCUGGAAGCCAAGCCAUUUGUAGUUCGGAACUUUGUGAUUUCCACGGUUAGCGCCACCGUGGUCCAUGUGAACACCAAAAGUCUCCAGCUGCAGACGGUGGUUAAGGAGCACUCGGAGGCCCUGCACGCAGUGGCCUGCCACCCUGCCCGUUCCAUUGUCUGCAUGGGCAGCUACUGUGGCAUCCUCAAGGCCUGGGACUACAACUGUAAGGAGCCAGUGUGCAGCAGGGUUUUCCAGAAGGAGAGGCAGGUCCACUGCCUUGCGUAUGACCCGAAAGGUUUCUAUUUGGCAGUGGGCUUUGCCUGUGGGACUGUUUACGUACUGGACGCCUCCACACUGCUGAACCAAGAGGAGGAAUGCUUCAAGUUUGCCAAAGACUGCAUCACCCAUAUCACCUUCUCUCCGGACUCAUGUUACCUAGCCACAGCGGAUGCAGGGAAGGCCGUAACAGUGUUCCAGCUCUGCCCUGAAGAUGGCAAAAAGGUGUGGAAGUACCAAGGGAGACACCGUGCCCACUACAAGCCCAUUCAGGACCUCCUCUUUGGAGUCUACCCAAACAGCACCCAGCCCAGGUUACUCUCCCUGGGCAUGGACAGAAUGCUGGUGGAGUAUGACCUGAAGAGCUGUGGCAAAGACCAGCUGCCGCUAAUGAACAUGGUGCGCAUUGAGCAGAGUGCCGUGCCCACCUGCAUGGCCUGGUACCCUCCCCUCAGCUCCGAGCACCUCCUACUUACUGCCUCAGACCUCUACAAGAUGAAGCUCUUCAACAGCACCACCAAGAUGUGCAGAAAAACAGUCCUGGGGCCCACAUACGGAUCUCCUAUUCAAAAGAUGGCCGUUCUGCCUUUAUCCCAGGAGGGGGACCCUAAGUCUAAUUAUCUUGCAUACAUCACAGAGGACAAGGUGGGCCUCCAGAUCCUUCCCUUAGAUGGCAACCCCUACAAGUACACUGCCAUAAUCAGCCACCCAAAGGGGGUCUCUGCUUUCGCCUGCUCCCGUGAUGGCAAGUACAUCUUCACCUCGGGUGGCCCUGACUACACCGUCCUCUCCUGGCAGAUCAACCUGAAUGCUCUGGAAGCUGCAGCAUCCCUGGGAGGGAAGGACAUGAUGCCUUUUUACAGCCUUCUGGAAGGAGGGAGAGAUGGGGUGCUCUUUAAAGAAAUGGAGGACUACUUCUAUUACUGUCAGCUGCGCAGCCAAGGGAUAGACUCUAUGGAAACCCGACAGGUGUCCACCAGAAUCCCCCUGACAGAAUUAUCUUUUGUCAUGAGGGCUCUGGGCUUCUUCCCCACAGAGCAAGAGCUUGAAGACAUGCGGAAUGAGGUCAAGUACAGUCGAUAUGCAGAGACAGGGGAGAUUGUGAGGGACAUUGAUCUGGAGGAGUUCAUAAAGCUGUACAUCAACCAUAGACCAGCAUUUGAGAUCUCCAGGGAUGAGCUCCUGCAAGUGUUCAAGGUCCUGGGCCACUCGGACGAGAAUGGAGAAUGGGUGCUGAACAGAGAUGAUCUUCUGCAUCUCCUGCAGACAAGAGGGGAAUGUAUGACAGAGGAAGAGCUAGCAGAGUGUUUUGCCACAUUGCUUGGGGUAACUCCAGAAGGGGGAAGAUCGGAACAGGCAACCUUUGACUGUAAUGAUUCAGAUGCUCUACUGGAGAGCAGAAUCCCGGAGGAAAUCAAAAUGGACACACUCAUGGCAGACAUCCUUGGCUUCCCUGUUUUCACCCGAGAGCCCCUGCCUUCUGAAGCAAAAUCACCAACUGAGUCUGAGCUUUCAUAG